AUGGCAGAACAAUGGGGUCUAGACGAGGCGCUGUAUAUCUGGGAGCUUGUAAAAGAUGAGUGUAGCCAAGUACCUGGUUAUGGGCAUACAGGGGAUUUCGUUUCAACGAAGGUACAAGACACACAAGCCAUCUUGAAGCCAGCACCUGCGGAAGAACAAUCAUCUGAAGAGGAUUGGGAGACGGUUAAGUGUAGAUGGAAGAAAAGAUCUCAGCCACUAAAGAGUUUACUUCAAGACGAGCCCGAAAAAGCAGUCACCAAAGAGACGAACAGCGUCAUCAACAGACUGAAGCAUCUGGGUUGCACUUCGGAGAACCGCUUCAAAGCUCUCAUCAAGCAUGACACAAACGUAGUAACAAAGCUUGCCGAGCCGAUAGAAAGACCACGACAUUCGCCCAAUGGCGACGCAAUACCCAAAACACCCGACUCUGUUCGAGAGACCGCUUGGAUGGAGCCUCGUUCGGCACUGAAGUGUAACUCGCCUUCCACUUCCCGCUCAAACAAGUCAGUCGUUAUCAACGCACAGGCUACAAUUCUUCCGCUUGGUACCACACCGGUUACGACAACGCCACAUCACGAACACACGGUUGCAGAGAAGAGCCACAGACGCCUCACGUAUAAUCGAAACUCACGUUCCUAUAUACCGUCAUGCUGGGCAAGUCCAGAAGGAUACGAAAAGUACAACACUAGCCAUUGCAAGGACACCUGGGCGACUAUAGAUCGGCUCUAA